AUUAAUUCACUGUGAUAUCAGAUCCUACGAAGACUUUUUACGAAAAAAUUAUCAUAAUGUAAAUCAAAUAAAUGUCCCUAAUCAGUGAAGAUUAACUUAAAACGUAAAUAUAAUAUUUUUUAAAUAAUUGGAUAAUUUUUGUUUAAUAAAACGCAGAAUAUAAUGCUAGAGUUAAACAAAUUACUAAUACCAGUAUGCGUCAUACUUUUAUGUAACGACAUAAUACUUACUUCAUUAACUGUGUCCAGCAAACCAACAUUCUCAUUAUCACUAAUUGGACAAUUAAGCCGUUUGACUGGUUUCAGUAAAAGGGAUACAGAUAAAGCAGAAGAUAUUAAUAGUCGUGUGAAGCCAUUUAGUGGCCAACGAGUCAAAGGUGAUUCGAUACAAAUGGUAUAUUAUCAUGACCAAACCAUAGCCGUUAUUGAGAUUGGUCCAGAUCGGUUGCUAUUAAAUUGUGAACUAAUUGAAGUUAUUGAACCAAAUGAUGCAAAUGCUACUUUAUAUAAUUUAAAGAGCAUAUCUAAACCGCUAGUCAUUACAUUAGAUGAAAUGUUAAACUUAUUGAAACAAUGUGAAAUGCUCGAAGAACCUUCUGGCGGCACUAGUGACAUACAAAGUGAUAGUCCAUAUACGGCUGAUAAUAAUAUGCCACCAAAAGUACAACAACAAUCCAAUUCAAAUCCAAUAUUUAAAUUAUUUAACAGGAAUAGUAAUAAUGGCGCCACUCAAAAUCCAAGUGCAACUUUUUCUGUAUUAAAUGGAAUUGCACCAGGAACAAAAUGGUGUGGUAGUGGUGAUAUUGCCGUAAAUUAUCAUGAUCUGGGUACAGAUGCUAAUGUAGAUAAAUGUUGCCGUACUCACGAUAUAUGUCCGGUUAAAAUUGCUAAAUAUGCAACACGUUAUACAUUGUAUAAUGAUUCUCCUUUUACCAGAUCUUAUUGCCAAUGUGACGAUAUGUUAUACAGUUGUUUAAAACAAGCAAAUUCUACAUCCGGCCAAUUAUUUGGAAAUAUAUUUUUCAAUUUGGUGCAGACAACGUGCAUUGAUAAAACAAACGAUGGAAAGUGGCUAUUUAGAAAAAAUAAAAAACAAUUUUAAGAAAUUUCAAUGAUUUUCAAAAAUCAUAAUUUAAAUUCAUAAUUAUAUUCUUGUAAAUUAUAAAUUUACAUUAUACGUACUUAAAUCGCCAUUAAAACUCACUUCAUACGUAUUUUGAAUACAAUUAAUUCUAUGACUGUAUUUUCCUUUUUAUUAUUAUUUUUAUUUAAAGUGGAAACGAAAAAAGUCCUAUCUGUACCAAAACUAGUACAGAAAGUGUCUAGCAGGUACUAAUUAUCCUCUAAAAAGGAAUACAAAGUUAUUUUCUCUAAUAGUGAACUUAUUCAGCAGAAAAAGACGGUUUAAUGCCAAUUCGUUUUCAGGCGGUCGCUUUUUCUCUUUUUAAUUUGCUACUCAAUACAAAAUAUUUUCGUGUCUCCUCUUAAGGGCAUUUCUGGAUUCAAAACUAUUAAAAAGAUAAAAAUGUCUAUUCACAAAAAAUAGAAAGUGAACGUAAAAGAAAAAUAGUUGAUAAGCAUGGAGCUCCGAUUAUUGAAGGUAAAGAGAGUUAAGUUAGUUUUUUGUGUAAAAUUUUGAAAAAUCAUAAUCUUUAAAUCAGAUAUGUAUAUAUGCCGCAACCAGCUAGCUUAAUGCCUAGUCUUUUUACUAAACGGCGCCGUUCAACUUGCGGCCUGGAGGAUAUUCAGCCAUUUAGUCAAACAGCUAGGAAAAUGACUUGGAUUGAUAACGUUUAAGGAGUUGUCUAGCCUAGUCAUUUAAAUUUAGUUCCACUUUCUGCCACCUGGCGCUGAAACUUACUCACUGUCAAUAUGGCGACGGCAAGACACAAUAAUAUUGGUGUUGCUUAUGGUUUCAUUGUGUUAACCCAAAAAUUAGUACGAUGAAGGAAUUAAAAGCUGAGUUACGUGUUAGGCCAGAACUGUAUUAACACCCCUUAGGGUAACAUUAUGUUGUUGUUAUUAAUGAAUUACGUAUUGCAGUUGAUAAUGUCUUUCCUCGAAAUUCGUUAUUAUUAAUAAAUAAAGAAAUAUGAUAUUAUUCCUAAAAAAUUCAAGCGCAUAUAUAUCCACGGAAGUAACAUUUUUUAUGGCUUGACGCUUUAAUAAAUAAAAAAAAUAACUGCAUAGUGAAUUUUUAUAAAACAUACAUUGAAUGAAAGUAUUUUACUAAUAUUUUAUUUAAAUAAAGAACCUACUCUUUAAUUAAAUACUACAGCAGCUUGGACUGCGUACCCCGUUUUUAUGGAAAAUGAGAACUAUUCAUAAAAGCGAAUGCACAUUAAACCGCCCAUUUCUACUGAACAGGCACAAUGAUUUGAAUGUCCACAAUUAAAAAAAAAAAAAAAAAAGAAAUGUUAUAUAUUUUUCUACGUAAUAUUUCUAGUGAAUUUAUUGUACCUUCUAUUGUUUUUGAAUAAAAUUAUAAAAAUUGUUUAUUUAUGAA